UAGCUGUGCAGUGAACGGGAGACGUGCCACUGCAGUGACGUCAUUGCCACAUUCUCAUGCAAUCCCAGCUAAUCACAGGAUAUAUAAGAGCCACCAGAGCCUGCUAUUGCCCCCGGACACGGAGGACAGCUGAGUGGAGAGAGCCAGGCAGCCCACGGGAGCCCAGCACCAGGGAGACGUGCAGCUCGCUCUGGCCGGACACUGGGAGACUCACGCUGCCCUUGGAGACGAUGUGCUGCCCAAGGCUGUGGUUCUUCGCUGUGCUGCUGGGUCUCAGCACCUGGCUGGAGCCUAGCAAAGGCUCCCUCCUGUUUCACAUGGACUCUGUGAUCCAAGUGGUGGAAGUGCUGGAAUCUCAGCAUCUGGACGGGCACCUCAACCUGAGCGUGACAGAGCUGGCCCGGGGCUUGGGCUGCUGUAACAGCGAAUUCGACCGGCUCCUGCUGGGGGAGGCGCCCACCGAGCCUCCAGACCUGCCCUUCCUGAGCCAGGAGCAGAGGUCCUUCUUCAAGCACCUCCUGAAGCACGAAGUCCAGGCCUCCUUGGUGGAGCAGGGGGUGGUGCUGCUCCCUGAUGGCACCACGGUGGCGGUGAGCCCCUUGCUGGCUGGGAUCGAAGCAGGGCUGAAGGGCAGGCGGGAGAUGCCACUGCCCCUUGAGGCUGUGGAGCCGUCACUAGUUACGACUGAGCCCUCAAACCAGACCCGUCCAGGCCUGCCCCUGACUAUAGAUGCCCUCUAUGCAGUGACCAUCACCAAGGCCCUGGGCAUGGCCUUUCUGCUGGCCCAGGCCAAUGAGAGCCAGGUGCCCAUGGGGCCAAAUGGCUGCUGGGACAGUGUGUACGAGCCUCAAAACUUCACCCUGCUGGGCCACCCCUCACCCCUCACUGACGCCUUCAUCAAUGGGGCGCUGGACGGUGUGAUCCUGGGGACACACCUGGUGGGGCAAGGCAUGGCCAGGGUCCCCCUGGGCCCCCUGCUGAGAGAGUACUACUCCGGGGGUGGCCUGGCCGGGGAGCGUCAGGUCAGGAGCAACUUCAGGCGCCAGAACUUUGUGCAGCUCACUGAGGCUGGGCAACUGGAGGAACAGGUGUUGCGCUCCCUUCAGCUGCUCCGGGCGCUGGCCCAGACCGAGCCCCUGCUCAGCUGGGCUGGGGACGAAGAGCUGCAAGCCACUGCGAGCUGGGCAGUGCAGAAGUUCACAGAGGCCUACCUGGAAUGCCCGGCCAUCAUCCCUCGCUGCAUGUGGGGGGCCAGGCCCUACAGAGGGACCCCCACACAGCUCAAGCUGCCCCUAAGCUUCGUGUACAUCCACCACACCAGCUCCCCCAGCCAGCCCUGCCGAACCUUCCCUGAGUGUGCUGCUGACAUGAGGGCCAUGCAGCGCUUCCACCAGGAAGACCGCAGAUGGGAUGACAUUGGCUACAGCUUCGUGGUCGGAUCAGACGGCUACAUGUACCAGGGCCGGGGUUGGCACUGGGUUGGCGCUCACACCCGGGGCUACAACAGUAAAGGCUAUGGCGUGAGUUUCAUUGGGGACUAUAUGGACACUCUCCCAGAAGCCUUUGCCCUCUCGCUGGUGCGUAAUAACUUCCUGCAGUGUGCGGUGAAGGGUUCCAAGAUCCAAGCAAACUACACAGUCCACGGGCACCGGCAGAUGGGGCACACUGCAUGCCCAGGGAACAGACUCUUCUGGGAAAUCCAAACAUGGCAUGGCUUCAAGUGAGAACUCCCAGCCAUGGGCUGUGAUCCAGGUAACAACCCAGUUCAAGACUCAUCUCACCAGGCCCCAGGACCAGACCCUCAGGCUGCCCAGGGAAUAGGCCGCAGCAACCUGGCUCAGGACCUGUCUGGGGGCCUCACGGGCUCCCCUAGUUGCAGUGUGCUAUUCCACUUCUGUACCGAAAAUCCCCCUUCUAUAAAGCUGGGCAAAGAAAUGUG